UUUAUUUUGGAACAUGAAGAGUGUGUAUCCUGCAACGUGGUUGUUACUUCUUUUCAUUUCUUGGGGAGACAGCAGUGAAUUGAAACCAGAAGACAUGCAUGACUGCUAUUUCAAGCUCUUAUGCCCAUUAAAUAAUAUUGAAGAAUUCCAAAGACUAGGGGAGGAGUGUGGAGACGAGAUUAAAGAAAAAGGCUGGGGAUUGAUUAAAACAGUUACCGGCGUUGAAGGUACAGAGAAUACUAUAGAAAACUGGGCUAGAUACCGAAGUACUGUCUGCGAAUUUUCAGAAAAAGAAACCAGAAAACAAUUUAAUGAAUUUUUCCAAUUGGGUGGCGAAUACUGGUUGGAAGUUUGUGUUAACGCUUUUUCAGAGAGGUGCAAAAAGGCAGUGAAAGCGUCAGUAAGCAAAAACUUUUUUCAUGUCGAAAUGUGCAGGAAAUAAUUGCUGAAAUGUUCGAGAGACAUUUUGCUAAUGGUGAUUGUGAGAAGAUAGACGAAACUGACAGUAAAAAGAACAAAAAAAUAGUAUACGGAUAAAGAUUGGACAGAUUUUUUUUGAAUUAUUACGUUAAGUUGAAGUAUCAUUAAAAUAUUUAAAAAGUAAA